CAUUUUUCACGCGCGAGGAAGAUUCAGUGGCGUACGAGGCGUUGCAUCGAUCAGUUGUAUUAACGAGUCCGGAGGUGUUCCGAAGGAGAGCGGGUUUCGGUUACACACGGGGGCCGCCGCGCGUUAAUUAAUCUUGGCACGAGCCAACCUCUCCACGGCUGAGAGUCUCGCGGACCGGUUCCGGAGAAUAUAAUCUGUGAUAGUGUGAUUGAGCUGGGUGUGUGGAAAAUAAAGGAAGGAAGUUGGGAGCAGCGAUCAUCACGUGAAGCUAUGGAAGUCUAAUUAGUGCAAACAAUUCCACAAGUCGACAAGAUCAAUUAGUUAGUGCGUUCGAGUAUCCAGGGGUGAUCGUGCUGAAGAAGAAAUAUCAAGUCUAGUGAAAAUGCUGGUUCCACCGGAGAUGAUUGCCGUGCAAUCGAAGCUCAUCUACCAGAUGAACAAAUACUGUGCCGAUCGGGUUCAAGCCCGGAAGGCGCAGAUCCACAAAACCAUCCAGGAAGUCUGUCGAGUGGUUCAGGACGUCCUGAAGGAGGUCGAAGUCCAGGAACCCCGCUUCAUCUCGUCCCUCAACGACUACAACGGCCGAUUCGACGGACUCGAAGUCAUUUCGCCGACGGAGUUCGAAAUCAUCAUCUACCUCAACCAGAUGGGCGUCCUGAACUUCGUGGACGACGGAACGUUACCCGGCUGUGCGGUCCUCAAGCUCAGCGACGGUCGCAAGCGGUCCAUGUCCCUGUGGGUCGAGUUCAUCACAGCUUCCGGCUAUCUCUCCGCGCGGAAGAUCCGUUCCCGCUUCCAAACCCUCGUCGCCCAGGCCUGUGACAAGUGCGCGUACCGGGACUCGGUCAAGAUGAUCGCGGACACGACCGAGGUCAAGCUGCGGAUAAGGGAGCGGAUCAUCGUGCAGAUAACCCCGGCGUUCAAGUGUGCCGGACUGUGGCCACGGUCGGCGUCCCAUUGGCCGCUGCCGCAGAUUCCGUGGCCCCAUCCGAACAUCGUGUCCGAGGUGAAAACGGAGGGAUUCGACAUGCUGUCCAAGGAGUGUGUGGCGCUGCAGGGCAAGAACUCGGCCAUGGAGGGCGAUGCGUGGGUGUUGAGCUUUACGGAAGCGGAGAACAAGCUGCUGCAAGGUGGCUGCCGGCGGCGCUGUCUCAGCAUCCUGAAAACCCUGCGCGAUCGGCACCUGGACCUGGCCGGAAAUCCCGUCUCGUCGUACGUCAUGAAAACGCUGCUCCUAUACGAGUGCGAGAAGCACCCGCGCGAGAUGGAGUGGGACGAGAACUGCAUGGGCGACCGCAUCAACGGCAUCUUCCUGCAGCUUAUUUCCUGUUUGCAGUGCCGCCGAUGUCCGCACUACUUCCUGCCCAACAUGGACCUGUUCAAGGGGAAAUCGCCGGGCGCCCUCGAGCACGCCUCCAAACAGGUGUGGCGACUGACGCGAAUCAUGCUCACCAACUCGCGCUGCCUCGAGGAGCUGUGAGCGAGUGAGUGAGUGGGUGAGUGAGUGAGUGAGUGGGUGAGCGAGUGAGAAGUGAGCAAAUCAAACAAAAAUGAGUGUUUCGUACUAGUUCAAGUCCUAAAUUAUAACCUACUCAGUAUACUCAUACGAUUAAACUAUUAUUAUUAAAUAAAUCAAGAAGGAAAGCGCAGAAAAACGUAACUCAAAACAACAUAACUUAUGUCUAACCACUAAGAAAUCGACGUAUACCUAAACAAUUGACUAAGCGACAAACAAAACAUAAAACUACAAAUCAUCAAAAUGACAGCAAAAAUAAACCAAUUUUAUUCAAAAGAA